AGUUUAAUUUCAGAUUGAAAAUGGGGAAAAAGACCAAAACAGGAAAAUCCAGGAGGGAUAAAGCCUACUGGGCAGCCAAGGAAAUUGGUUACAGAUCUCGUGCCUCGUUCAAACUGGUUCAGCUUAACAGAAAAUGGGAAUUCUUGCAGAAGAGCAGUGUUUGUAUAGAUCUGUGUGCUGCACCUGGUUCAUGGAUGCAGGUUUGUAGAGAGAACAUGCCAAUGUCUAGUUUGGUUGUAGGAGUAGAUCUUGUUCCUAUUAAACCUAUUACAGGCUGUAUUGCACUCACAGAGGAUAUUACAACAGAAAAAUGCAAAGCGAGUCUCAGAAAAGAAUUAAAAACUGCAAAAGCCGAUCUUGUUCUUCACGACGGAGCUCCUAACGUUGGUAAAAAUUGGAUUCACGACGCUUACCAGCAGUCUCUCCUCACCCUCCAUGCCUUCAAGCUCGCCACAUCCUUCCUCUGCAAGGGAGGUUGGUUCGUCACCAAGGUGUUCAGGUCCAAGGACUACCAGAGCUUAAUCUGGGUCCUCACACAGUUCUUUAAGAAGGUCCACGCCACUAAACCCGCCGCCUCCAGAAAUGAGUCUGCCGAGAUAUUCGUAGUUUGCCAGGGAUACCUUGCUCCGGACAAGAUAGAUCCCAAGUUUCUAGACCCUAGACAUGUUUUCUCCGAUCUUGAAACGGAGAACAGGAAGCUCACCACUGAAAUUAUCAACCCGGAGAAGGCAAAGAAGAAGGCCCCGAGAGAAGGAUACGGAGACGGGGCUACAAUUCUUUACAAAGAGGCGAAGGCUUCAGAUUUCAUCAUGGGAGCCAAUCAUAUUCAAAUUCUAAAUGAUUGCAACAAAAUUAACAUUGACACACCGAGGAUUCUAAAACAUCCAAAAACUACGAAGGAGAUCGUUGAAUGCGUGAAAGACUUGAAGGUGCUCGGGAUGAAAGACCUGAGGAUGCUGAAGAAGUGGAGGGACGCCCUCAGGAAGGAGUUCGAGGCCCUUGACGAGGAGGCAAAGAAAGAGAGCGGGGAGGGGGCUGAAAUCCCUGCCAUCCUCGUCAAGACCCAGGAGGAGCUCGAGGACGAGGAACUCCAGGAAAUGGACAAGAAGAUCGCAGAGUUAAAGGAUGAAGAGAGAAGAAAGGAGAGAAGAAAGAGGAAAAGAGAAGCGAAGGAGAAACAAAAGAGAAUUGAAAGACUCAACCUGAAAAUGAUAAUUCCAGGUGACGAGGGUCCGACAGCUUCUGAGGAAGGAUUGUUUAAGAUUACUAAUCUGAAAAGCUCAAAUGAUCUUACAAAUGUUCUCGACAGUAAACCAGAGGACGUUGCUAGCGACAGCGAAGAGUUGGAACCUACAUCUAACCCUUUACUGGCAUCCCUUAGCAAAGAAACUACAGAGGAGAAAAAAGCCAAAAAAGCCGAAUUAUGGUUUAAGAAAAUCGGCGAUCUGGACAGUGACAGCGACCUUGAGGACGCUGAGAUAGAGAGAGCUGUAACCUCGGUUACCAAGAAGGGAGGAACCCUCAGGAAAAAAAAGGAGGAGCCCGCGGCAGAAUCGGGUUACACAAGCGGUAGUGAGGACGAAACACCAGAGGGCGACGACGAAUUCUCUCUACUCAACAAAUCUAAGGAAGGUAAAGACGACUCUGAGUAUUCCGAUUCCGACUCCGAUAGUUCGGACGAGGAUGAGGCUAAGAUGGACGAGGGUGGGUUCGAGGUUGUCCCCCAGCCUAAGAUCAAGAAGAGGAAGGCUUUAACUUGCGAGGAGUUGGCGCUGGGAGAGCAGAUGGUGCACAGUAAGAAGAGGAAGAGGGAUAUCAUGGAUGCGGGUUGGAACAGAUAUAUGUUUGAGGAUACUGGACUCCCAGACUGGUUUGUGAAGGAGGAGGAGAUGCAUAUGAAGAGAAGACCGGAUGUAGAUCCUGAGACAGUACAGAAAUACAGGGAGCGAGAGAAGGAGUUGAACGUGAAAACAAUCAAGAAGGUGGUAGAAGCCAAGGCCCGAAGGAAGAGAAGGGUGGCCAAGAGAAUGGACAAGGCAAAGAAGAAGGCCACAGCCCUACUCGACAACUCAGACAUUGGAGUUAGAGAAAAGGCGACGGAAAUCCGCAAAAUGUACAAAGCUGCGGCCGCCGAGGGAAAGAAAAAGGACGUCAAGUACGUUGUUGCGAAGAAGCACAGUGCGGCUAAGCGCGCCAGCCGUCCCGGUGGGGUGAAGGGACCGUACCGGCAGGUUGAUCCUAGACAGAAGAAGGAUACUAAGGGGAAGAGAAGUAACGCGACCGGGAAGAAAUCUCAAAAGAGAAGGUUAAAAGGAAAACAGGCCAAACCGACCAAGCAGUUCAACACAAACUUAUAAUUUUUUUCUUAAAAUAAAUUUUUAAUCUUGAAAAAA